CUGAUGUGUCAUUAAAUGUCAGCAGAAGCAGUGACUCUCCCUGGCCGGCAGGGGGCGCGCCGCACCUCGCUGUCUGUAAUCGGGAAGCCUCUCCUUCUCCCUCUCUGGGCAGACUCCAACUGCUGCUUUCCCUGAUUAGUUCCCUUCGGUUCUGGAAGUUGUUAUCCCAACAUGUCGGCCUUACUCGACCAUGGAGACGGACUCUCUGUGGAGGACGAGAGGAGGCGAAGCGCGGCGCAGACCUUCCGCGGGGAUCUGCACUCAGUCCGGAUGGAUCCCAGCCGGACCCGAACACGCCCUCCAAACGAAGCCGUGCUGCAGCGAUCCCAUGAUCCGGUGGUCCCAGCUCCUCAGUUGGACGACUGCGAGAGGAUGGGGACUCUGUUUGGGAUGAUCAACAAGUGCCUGCGGGGCCUGGGCUUCAACCAGGUCUACUUUGGGGACCGGACAGUGGAGCCAGUGGUGGUGCUGGUCUUCUGGGUUCUGCUCUGGUUUCUGGGUUUUCAGGCUUUGGGAUUGGUGGGAACUCUGUGCAUCAUCAUCAUCUACAUCCAGAAGUGAUGAUCCGAGUGGAGCUGCUGGAUUCUUUCGGCGCAGACUGGUUUUAUGCUGACAGCAGGUCAUAGUCAGGUGUUUGGUGGAGCAUCGCUAGUGGAAGUCUGAAGUUAUUUAAGGUGGAAAUAAACCCUCAUCUGCGAACGUUUGGGUUUCCUCCUGGACAAUCAAAUGGAACUGUUAUUUCCUGCUUUAAUUAUAAUAAUAGAAGCUCUGUGCAUUAACAGCCAAAGAUGAUAAUUUCCUCCAAACACCCUGAUCAUUUCCUGUUUCCUAUUUAAUGACUAAGCUGGUUCCUGGUUUGCUUUUAAAAUAUUUGCCUUCACCUUCCGUUUCUGAUUUCCAGUGAUCAUUCAAGCAUAUUCUAGAAAAUAUUCGGUCCAGUUUACCUUUCACCGUGAUGCCCAUAUCACCCCCCAUCCAAUAGAUUCACAGAACACUGUUUGUGUUCAGGAGCUUCACUGCAAAACACAAAAUCUUACCAGGUAUUUUGUGUCUAGUUUUUAGUACAAAUAUCUUUUUACACUCAAAAUAAGACAAAACUGACUUAUAAGUAAAUGUUUAGCAAGAUAUAGGAGAUUGUUUUAAGUAAAUAAUUCUUUAAUAUUGAUCAAAAAGAUCAAUUGGUAGAUUAUCUCUUCUGAGUGAAAUAAUCUGUCAGUAGAACUAGUAUUUUUUUUUUAUCAAUAUUAAGAAAUUAUUGAAUGAAAAUAAGUUUCUAUUUCUUUCUGAAAAGUUGUUUGUGACUUAGUUUUCUUAUAUCAAAUGUAUUAAGAUAUUUUCACUAGAAAUUAGAUGAAAUUACUUUGUAAGAUUUUGUGUUUUUGUUGAAAAGUAUCAUGGUGGUGUAUUGUGUGUGAACUUCCAUUUAUUCGAAUCGGUUCUAGAUAAACUCUGGUUCUGAUAAACUCUGGUUCUGAAUGCAGUUCUGCCUCACAUCAAUUCCGGUUUUUCAGGUUCUGUUCAUAAUUGGAGAAACCAACUGUGCAGCUUUGCCUCACUCUGAGUCAUUUUUUCCCCCUAACAGUUGAUUGUUUGUAGAUACUGAUGAGGAUCAAACAUGGAUACAGCCUCUUAUCUUUGCUUUGAAACAUAUCUGAUAUAAAAUAAGCAGCUUGGACUCAAAAGUUGGAGCUAAGUUGCUUUCAGAGGAGGCUUUCUUUGUGUUUAUUGGUUCAGAGGAAACUAUACAUAUAGUUAAAACUGAGGCGUCACUGAACAUAUCUUCACGCAGUCUGCAAGCUUUACCUACAUUGAAUGUGAUUAAAUGAGGCUUUCUGCUAUAUUUACUACAAAAACAUACAUUCUUACCAAGUAUUUUGUUCUAGUUUUUAGUUCAAAUAUCUUAGUACAGUGGAAAUAAGAUAAAACUAACUUACAAGUAACUUUUCAGCAAGACAGUAAUUCCUUAAUACUUACUAAAAAGUUCUUGUUCCACUGACAGAUUUUCACGUAUAAUGAGACAUUUUCCCAUGUUUUAAGUAAGACUUUUACUUAUUUUUAAUAAAUACUAAGGAAUUAUUUACUUAAAACAAACUCUUAUAUUUUGCUGAAAAGUUACUUGCAAGAUGUUUGGUUGUACUUCAAGUGUACAAAGAUAUUUGCACUACAUACCAGACCAAAAAUACUUUUGGUCUCAAAUCAGAUUCAACAUCAAUUUGGAGAAAAAGCACUAAAGAUAGAAACCUUUUUAUUUAUCCUACAUGAGAACAUUGUGUUUCUGACACUGCAAAGUUGGUUUAAAAUGUGAAUUUAAUAAACAGUUUGCUGAUUAUACAUCUCUGGUACGCUCUGUCCACUGAACUUAAACGUCAGCUGUCUAACCACAGGGUGAAACCAAAAGCACAGAUGAUUAAAUAUUACUUACUGUGUUUAACUUUUCCCUCCCUUGUAUCAGGGAUAUAAUUAAGCAUGUUGGAAAACCUUUCCGAAUUUGUAUUUUAGCACAUUUAGGAUGAUUAUGAACCUUUUGUGUUUGAUAUUUUAACAUUUUCACUGACUUGCUUCAAAGUAUGUGGCACCGCGACCCAACUUUGAACCAAAGCCUGUUUGAGGAAACGACUACCUGUAAGAGUGUAUUUUAGGCGCCCCCUCGUGGACAGAGGGGUUAUUUUUCUCUGCUUUUGUCUUCCAUUGCAAUAAAUGAGCAAUUUCUAUUUUA